GUUCCCGCUUACAGCGCCAUCUCUCCAGGAACGGCCGUCUCCCUCGUCCUCAAAAUCGACCAGCCCACCGGCCGCCAAGUCACCGGCAUCGUCGCCGACCUCCUCACGCGCGGCGACCACCCUAGGGGCGUCAAGGUCCGGCUUCGCGACGGGCGCGUCGGGCGUGUGCAGAAGAUUGUCAGUGAGAGUGACGGGCUAGCGGGAGAGGAAGUAGCUGGUGGGAUUGGCGCGAAUUUGGGGCGGGAUGGGGAGAAUGGGAUUGGGGGUAGAGGUGGAGGUGCGAGUGGCUUCAGACAUGAGCGGGAUAUUAGGGAGGAUGAUGAGUAUCUUUAUGAUGAGGGUAGGGCGAAGGGGAGGGAUCUGGGGCUCUUUGCGCAGUUGGAGGAGGAGGAUCGGAGAUACCAGGAGAGUGUGGGCAGAGAGACUGCGGGUGGGGGUCGUGGAGAGAUUGCGACGUGUCCUGUUUGUGGGGAGUUUGAGGGAGAUGAGCGAGCGGUGGCAUUCCAUGUCGAGGGACACUUUACUGAG